GUCUGUCAUUGAAGACAGACGGAUCGACCGCUGAUAACAACGUAUAACAACGACGGAGUGAUGCUCAGAACUACUUACUGCGAUCCGAGUUACCGAUCCGAGCAUAUAGAUUCAGGUUUUUAGAUUUGUUUUACUAUCCUGUUAUAUUUGGACAGCCCUUUUAACUAAAAUAGAUGUUCUCGGCACAACAGCAUUCAACACCAUACAAAGUCUGCAAAAAUAUGGCUAUGUUCGUAAUAACAGGGUCGGACAAAUUGCGAACCUAAUUUCCAAGCGCGUCUGUUUCCCCAGUCCGAGCGAUAUCCCUCCUGGAACAUGACAUGCAGCUGUGUUAUUUUGCGCUGUGAAAAGAGUAAGACAGUGUUAUCCUCUGUUUUAAUUUUAACUUUAAAUUUAAUUAGAGCGAAUGGUUUUAGGUGCAAUGUGCGGACGAAUGGGAAGAAGUACGUUUCUUUUGACGCUUUUGACUACUUUUAGCGGCAUUGUCAACUCAACAUACGGAACAUGGAAGAGCAGCUUUCAUUCGAAUCGUGUGAACAACGUGGAAAAGCCGUCACCUCAGCCUCACAUCAUCUUUAUUAUGGUCGAUGACCAAGGAUUUCGAGACGUGGGGUAUCAUGGGUCUGAAAUAAAGACCCCAACACUGGACAGACUCGCUGCAGCAGGAGUCAAACUGGAGAAUUACUAUGUGCAGCCUCUGUGUAGUCCCUCAAGGAGCCAACUGAUGACCGGCAGAUAUCAAAUCCACACUGGCCUCCAGCAUUCCAUCAUCCGACCCACUCAGCCGAAUUGCCUCCCUUUGGAGAACAUCACCCUUCCUCAGAAACUGAAGAACGCUGGGUACUCUACACAUAUGGUGGGGAAGUGGCACCUUGGCUUCUAUAAACGCGGCUGUAUGCCUACGCAGCGUGGCUUUGAUACCUUCUUUGGCUCUUUGUUGGGUAGCGGCGACUACUACAGCCAUUACAAAUGUGACAGCCCAGGAAUGUGUGGGUAUGAUCUUCAUGAGGGGGAAGAAGCUGCCUGGGAGCAGGACCAUGGCAUCUAUUCCACCAUCAUGUAUACUCAAAAGGCAAUAAACAUCCUGGCAUCUCACAAUCCUAAACGGCCCAUCUUCCUUUACUUGGCCUACCAGGCUGUACACUCACCCUUGCAGGUUCCUGCCCGCUACCUUGAACGCUAUAAGUCAAUCCCAAACUUGCAUCGCCGCAAGUAUGCUGCAAUGGUCAGCUGCUUGGAUGAGGCAGUACGCAAUCUAACUCUUGCUCUCAAGCAGUAUGGCUAUUAUGACAACAUGGUUAUGGUGUACUCCUCAGACAAUGGAGGUCAACCAAUGGCAGGAGGCAGCAACUGGCCACUAAGAGGCAGUAAAGGAACUUACUGGGAAGGAGGAAUACGAGCGGUAGGGUUUGUACACAGCCCUUUACUGGUCAAAAAGGGAACUAGAAGCAGGGCUCUGAUCCAUAUUACUGAUUGGUACCCAACACUGGUGAUGCUUGGUGAAGGUACUCUAGAUGAAAACCAGAACCUUGAUGGCUAUGAUGUCUGGGAAGCCAUCAGUGAGGGACGUCCCUCACCUCGACUGGAUAUUCUCCACAACAUAGACCCUGUCUACACCAAAGCCAAGAAUGGCUCUUGGAAAGCAGGCUAUGGAAUCUGGAACACGGCCAUCCAGGCAGCACUCCGUGUAGGUGACUGGAAGCUCCUGACUGGUGUGCCAGGAUAUGGUGACUGGAUUCCACCACAGACUUUCUCCAAACUGCUGUUGGCCAAUCGUUGGCACAAUGAACGUGUGAACUGGGAUCGAGGCAAAUCUAUAUGGCUCUUCAACAUUACAGCUGAUCCAUAUGAACGAGUGGACCUUUCUCGACGAUACCCACAUGUGGUGAAGAAGAUGCUAUUCAGGCUUCUACGGUACAACAAGACAGCUGUGCCAUGCCGCUAUCCUCCCAAAGACUAUCGCUCCAAUCCUCAGUAUAAUGGGGGGGUCUGGGGUCCCUGGUACACAAAUGAUGACGAAGAUGAGGAUGAUAACCUUCUCUCAUAUGAUUUGGAACAGAUGAAGAGUUGGAAGAAAGCGAAACGAAGAGGGAAAUUCAACAGAAAGACCUGAGGUCUAUAGAAGUUUAUGUUGGCUCCCAUUUUGACUUUUGUGGUAUGA